AUGAAAGACUGGUUUAAACCCUCAAUUGACAAAAGGAAAGUGAGGAAGGUCGCGAGAUGUUCCCAUCAAAAUCUUGAAGAGGUGGAGGUGUUUGGGUAUUAUGGCCGCAAAAGUGAACUGGAACUUGUCAUAUACUUACUGGAGAAUGCGGUUGCCCUCAAGAAAAUUAUUAUUGAUCCCCAUAAUCCCUUUUUACCAGACCGCCCAAAGAAAAUUGGUCAAAUCGAGAAAGAAAAGGCCGCACGAGUUCGUGCCAAGCGGCAGUUGAAAGGUAGAGUAACAGUAGGAAUUGAAUUAGUGAUACUUUGA